UUGGAGACUCAUGAACAGGGACGCAAAGGCAAUGCAGUUUCUCUAUAAAUACCCCUCUUUGCCUCUCUUCUUUUUCCCCCCUCCUCCUCUUCUUUGCUCUCUAUUAUUAUUAUUCACUCAGUUUCUGUCUCUACUUUGCUCCUAUAGUUCUUCACCUGGUUUGAAGAUAAAAAAUGGAGUAUGAGGAUUGCUAUCUCCAGGCACAAAGGCCUAAAUAUGAUUGCCUUUUGUUUGAUCUUGAUGAUACCCUUUAUCCCCUUAGUUCUGGUCUUGCAGCAGCAUGUGGGCAGAAUAUCAAAGAUUAUAUGGUCGAGCAACUUGGGAUAGAGAAGAGCAAGAUCACUGAAUUGGGUAACCUGCUGUACAAGAAUUAUGGGACAACAAUGGCCGGCCUCAGGGCAAUUGGCUAUGACUUCGACUAUGAUGAGUAUCACAGUUAUGUUCAUGGGAGAUUACCCUAUGGGAACUUAAAACCAGACCCUGUCCUUAGGAGUCUUCUGCUGAGCCUGCCUAUUCGAAAAGUAAUCUUUACAAAUGCAGACAAAGUACAUGCCCUGAAAGUUCUUGCCAAGCUUGGGUUGGAGGAUUGUUUUGAAGGGAUUAUUUGCUUUGAGACUCUAAAUCCUACCCACAUGAGCAACAUUUCUGAUGAUGAAGAUGACAUGGAAUUCGUGGGAUCAGCUGCUGCUGCAACUACAAAUACUUUUAAUGGUCCCGAUAUUUUUGACAUUAUUGGCCAUUUUGCUGAACCAAACCCAAGCUCUGUUUUACCAAAGACUCCUAUUGUCUGCAAACCAUCAGAAAUUGCCAUAGAAAGGGCUCUUGAGAUAGCUAACCUUAAUCCUCAGAGAACCUUGUUCUUUGAGGAUAGUGUCCGCAACAUUCAGGCUGGAAAACGUGUGGGUCUUGACACAGUGCUGGUUGGUACUUCUCAGAGGGUGAAAGGUGCAGAUUAUGCGUUGGAAAGCAUCCAUAACCUGAGGGAAGCAGCGCCAGAGCUAUGGGAGUCUGAAAUUAAGACAGAAGUUGGCUACCCUGGAAAGGUUCCAAGGGAGACACCUGUCACUGCCUAAGAUAUUUGCUGGCUUUGUCAAUUAGUUCAAGUAAAUCAAUGAUCACUACAGGAUCUUAGUAUCAAUGAUCAUAGGGUCUGUCAGACUCAGCACAUAAUUCUAGAUGAAAAUCCUCAACUCAACGAAUCAAAUCACAUUUCCCUAUUCAAUAUUCCAAUGAUGUAAAUUUUAGCUCUAAUAAUUGAUAAUAUUAUUAGAAAAAAAAUCUCCUCUUCUACUUUAA